UGAGAUGCAAAAAAACAUAAUACGGUUCAUCGAUCGUGAACAUGAAGCUGUACUUCGUUACGCUCGUUUUCGCUGUUUUUGCAGCUGUUCUGUACGGUGUGAACGGACACCGCGAAGGCGGACCACCGGGCCCUCCGGGUAUGGGUGUACCACAAAUGCCAGUUCCCGGUGCAAGCCUCGUUCGUCAAGCGAGAGAGGCUCCUCCAAUGGGCGGUGAAGGUGGUGGCCACGCCGGAGCAGGUGGAAACGCAGGUUUCGGAAUGUCCGGAAACUUCGGCCUGGGAGGCAAUGGUGGCGGAGGCAUGCAUGGGGGCAUGCCAGGAAUGCCAGGAAUGCCAGGAAUACCCGGCAUGGGAUAAACAGUUAAUGAGAAUUAAUAAUAAGUGAACAAAUUGUAUGCAUAAAAGUACACUGCACAAUUUUCAACACCCAAUAAAUAUUCCAUAAAAAGUGCAUCGAUAAA